ACCUGUUUUUACGUUCAGCGACCAAAACAGUGCAGAAACCAGUAGGUAGAAAGUCAGUUUAGGCAAUGAUAGCGUUAGGAAACACUUCAUGUAUUUGAUGUAGGCUUGAGAAAACUAAAGAAGUUGAUUUUGUGCAGCUUUGUUUGUUUUUUCCACCUGCUAACAGUUGUAUGUUAGCUAGAUGCGACACUUACGUUAUAGUAGUUUGAAUAGUUAACUAGUUAGCGCCUUAAAAAUUUAGCUCCAUAAACGUAUGUAAAGAUUUAUCAGAGAAAAAUAAUAGUUGCUGUCAGUGCCGAUGCCACUUUUGCAAAAAUCGAAUGGCAAAGGGACAAAAAGCUCCAGACUAAAAUUAGACUGGAAGUUUGUUCAGAGGUUCUGCAGCAUCCAGAAGGUCCUGUUCCCAUCAUGGUCCAGUCAAAGUGUCCUGAUGUUUGGGACUCUGCUUGGUGUCACCUUGUCAGAGCAGCUGAUCAUUUACCAGGUGGGAAUCCUCCCCAGUCACUUCUACAAUGUGCUGGCUGAUAAAGAUUACUCAGGUUUCCAGAGUCUGGUGGGAAAAGCCAUGGUGCUUAUUUUGCUCAACUCCACAUUGAAAAGUAUUGACCAGUACAUUUGUAAUCAGAUGUAUGUCAGCUGGAGGAAGACGUUAACGGAGAGUCUCCACUCGGUGUAUUUCCAGGGUCGAGUCUAUUACACUCUCAAUGUGCUCAGAGAGGACAUAGAUAACCCUGACCAGCGAAUCAGUCAGGAUGCAGAGCGGUUGUGCAAACAGAUGAGCACCAUGGCCAGUCGUCUGAUCGUCUCACCGUUCACGUUGACUUACUACACCUACCACUGCUUUCUCAGCACCGGUUGGAUCGGUCCUCUGAGUAUCUUUGGUUACUUUGUUAUUGGGACCAUUGCCAAUAAAAUUCUCAUGGGGCCAAUUGUUUCAACUCUAUUUGAGCAAGAAAAACUGGAAGGAGACUUCAGAUUCAAACACAUGCAGAUCCGUGUCAAUGCAGAAUCUGCGGCUUUCUACAGAGCUGGUAAAGUGGAGCACAUGAGGACUGACCGACGGCUGCAGGAUCUGCUGCAAGUACAGAAGAGUUUAAUAAACAAAGAGCUCUGGCUUUAUAUUGGGGUAAACACCUUUGACUACCUCGGAGGUUUCCUCAGCUACAUUAUCAUCGCUAUUCCCAUCUUCACCGGUAUUUAUGAUGGGCUGACUCCUGGUGAGCUCAGCGCCCUCAUCAGUAAGAAUGCCUUUGUGUGCAUCUAUUUGAUAAAUGGUUUCACACAGAUAAUAGACCUGUCCACCACUCUGUCAGAUGUGGCCGGAUACACCCACAGGAUCGGGGAGCUCCAAGAGGUGAUGGAUGAUAUUCUAUGCACACAGUGUGACUACGACCCAGCGUCAGGGGAGAGCUACGACUUUGACAGUGACUUCAACAUUCACGCCGGCCCUGUGGACACCGCCUUUAUCGUGGACCAUCUCUCAUACAAAUCUCCAUACUCAGAUGAGCUGCUGGUGGAAGAUCUGAGUCUGAAGAUCAGCCAGGGAACACACCUACUGGUGGUGGGGAACACAGGAACGGGCAAGACGUCACUACUGAGGGUCCUCAACCGCCUAUGGGAGGCACAGAGCGGUUUCGUCCAGAUGACCACAUGUUUUGGACCCAGAGGGACCCUCUUCCUGCCACAGAAACCAUAUCUGACUGAUGGUACACUGCGUGAACAGGUGAUCUACCCUUUGAAGGAUAUUUACCCUGCUUCAGAUUCUGUAGCUUCUUCUUUUCCAGGGUCAGUGGACGAUGACAGAAUCAUUAACUUCCUGGAACUGGCCGGGGUGUCAAGUCUCCUGAAGAGGACGGGUGGACUGGAUGAAAAGGUGGACUGGAACUGGUAUGAUGUUCUAUCUCCAGGUGAAAUGCAGCGUCUCUCCUUUGCACGACUCUUCUACCUGCAGCCAAAAUAUGCAGUGCUGGAUGAAGCCACCAGUGCUUUAACCGAGGAGGCGGAGGGUCAACUCUACCGGAUGUGUAAACAGCUGGGCAUGACUCUGGUCAGUCUGGGACACCGUAGCAGCCUUGAAAAGUACCAUGAUGUUAAGCUGAAGCUGUGUGGAGGUGGACUGUGGGAGUUAAAGAACAUAAAGGAAGCAGACACAUAGAAACCAUGUGACUGCGAACACACCUCUGGACCUGCAGGAAGUUUCAGCGUGGGAGUCGGGACCAAAAAGUUACUAAGUGUUCUUCAAUGAGGUACAAGGAGUUUCAGAACGGCAGCAGAACAGGCUGACUUUUACACGUCCAGUGAAUGUGUAUUUGUUUUUUUAUGAAGCAUGGACUUUAAGAGGUGAAUGUCUUUCACCACCUUUUUGAUUUAAAUUAAGUUUUUAACAAAUGUUUGAAGCUCAGUAUGAUUUGAACUUAGAACUUUAGAACUGGAUUUUACAAUCAAUUUUCAGGAUGUAAAUGCUUUGUUUUCAGCACCUUAGAUCAAUAUUUGAAGAAAAAAA